GGUAAUCACCCCACUAUGGCUUACUCUUCUUUGCUCUCUCUGAGCCUUUGCCUUUUCGUUCUCUUCCAUGGCUGCUUUGCUCAGAUAGAGCAAGUUCCAUGGCGAGCCCAGCGCCAGCAGCAGCAACGGUUCCAGACCGAGUGCCGCAUCGACAACUUAAAUGCUCAAGAACCCUCUCAGAGAUUCGAGUCCGAGGCCGGUGUCACCGAAUACUGGGACCAAAACGAUCAACAGUUCCAGUGUGCUGGAGUGUCUCUGGUCCGUCACAAUAUCCACCGUAGAGGCUUGUUGUUGCCCUCAUUCUCCAAUGCACCUCAGCUCAUCUAUGUUGUCCAAGGUAGAGGUGUUCAGGGAGCUGCAAUCCCAGGUUGUCCUGAGACGUUCCAAUCGGAUUCUUCAUCGCAGUCUAGAGGAAGUCGGAGAUCACAACAAAGGAGCAAAGACCAGCACCAGAAGGUUCGACAAAUCCGGGAGGGUGACAUCCUUGCUCUGCCGGCCGGAGUGGCUCAUUGGAUCUAUAAUGACGGCGAUUCCCAGCUUGUUUUGGUCUCACUCCUCGACACCUCCAAUCAGGCCAACCAGCUCGACGAGAACGCAAGGAAAUUCUACCUCGCUGGGAACCCACAACAACAACAAGAACAACAACAAGGUGGCAGACAGAGACAGAGACAGAGAGAGGGCCAGAGCCGCAGCGAGAGAGGCAGCCGGCAAAGUGGCAGCAACAUCUUCAAUGGAUUCGACCAGGAGUUUCUGGAGGACUCUUUCAAUAUUGAGAACGAGUUGGCGAGGAAGCUACAGAGCCGAGAUGAUCGGAGGGGAAGAAUCGUCCUCGUUGAGGAUGAGCUUCGGGUUCUGAGCCCACAAAGCCAAGAAGAAGAACGAGAGCGCGAAGAGGGACGACGAUGGGAAAGAGACGACAAUGGCGUCGAGGAAACCUUCUGCACGCUCAGGCUCAGACACAACAUUGGUGACCCACGACGCGCUGAUGUGUACAACCCACGUGGCGGUCGCAUCACCAGCCUCAACAGCCUCAACCUCCCCAUCCUUAGGUACCUCCAGCUCAGUGCCGAGAGAGGUGUCCUCUACAAGAAUGCAAUCUUCGCACCGCACUACAACUUGAACAGCCACAGCGUGAUUUAUGGGAUUAGGGGCAACGGCAGGAUUCAGGUGGUGAGAGACGACGGAGAGAACGUAUUUGACGGGGAGCUCCGAGAGGGUCAGGUUCUGACGGUGCCACAGAACUUUGCUGUGAUUAAGAAGGCAGGAAAUGAGGGAUUCGAGUGGGUGGCCUUCAAGACUAACGACUACGCUAAGAUAAACCAACUUGCGGGAAGGCUGUCGGCGAUCCGGGCAAUUCCAGAGGAUGUGCUAAUAAACUCAUACCGCAUUAACAGGGAGCAAGCAAGAAUGUUGAAGUAUAACAGGGAGGAGUCGACUGUGUUGAGCUCCGAAUCCGGGCCACGGAGGAGGGACUAAGCUUCUCGAUCAUGUGUAACUUUGAUCAAAUUAAGUAGUAGUAGUAGUAGUAUGUGUAGUAGGGAAUAAGGCCUUCCAUUUCCAAGGCGUGGGCUGUGGAGGGUAAGUAGCUAGUUUGGCACCUUCUAUGUUGUACUUGUAUGUAAGUAACUGCGGGA